AUGAUCAGAAAUCACUUCAUGCUCACCUACAUCAUUUGUCUUGACUUCCCUCGACCUCGGUCGUUCCUCCUGGGAUAUCGUCCCCGUCCUAAAAAAGGGGAGCAGCCUGACCUUUUACAUGAUGACCACAGGGACCAGCCUGACCUUUUACAUGAUAACCACAGGGACCAGCCAGACCUUUUACAUGAUGACCACAGGAACCAGCCAGACUUACCACCUGCUGCCCACAGGGACCAGCCCGACCUUUUACAUGCUGACCACAGGAACCACCCAGACCUUUUACAUGAUGACCACAGGGACCAGCCAGACCUUUUACAUGAUGACCACAGGGACCAGCCAGACCUUUUACAUGAUGACCACAGGGACCAGCCAGACCUUUUACAUGAUGACCACAGGGACCAGCCAGACCUUUUACAUGAUGACCACAGGGACCAGCCAGACCUUUUACAUGCUGACCACAGGGACCAGCCAGACCUUUUACAUGAUGACCACAGGGACCAGCCAGACCUUUUACAUACUGACCACAGGGACCAGCCCGACCUUUUACAUGAUGACCACAGGGACCAGCCAGACUUGCCACCUGCUGCCAACCGUGACCAGCCAGACUUGCCACCUGCUGACCACAGGGAAAAGCCAGACCUUUUACAUGCUGCCCACAGGGACCAGCCAGACCUGUUACCUGCUGCCAACAGUGACCAGCCAGACUUGCCACCUGCUGACCACAGAGAAAAACAAGACCUUUUACAUGCUGACCACAGGAACCAGCCAGACUUGCCACCUGCUGACCACAGAGAAAAACCAGACCUUUUACAUGCUGACCGCAGCGACCAGUCAGACUUGACACCUGCUAACCACAGUGACCAGCCAGAACUUUUACAUGCUGACCAUUGGAACCAGCCAGACUUGCCACCCGCUUCCCACAGUGACCAGUUAGACCUUUUACAUGCCGACCACAGGGACCAGCCAGACUUGCCUCCUCCUAACCACUUCCAUGCCGACCACAGGGACCAACCAGACUUGCCACCUGCUGCCCACAGUGACCAGCCAGACUUCCAACUGCUGUCCACAGUGACCAGCCAGACUUCCAACUGCUGUCCACAGUGA